AAAUGCUAGAAUUAAAUAAAAAAAAGUCUAGUUUUGGUUGUUCAAAAGUUGAAAGCAAAAAAGAAUUUAGAGUGAAAACAGAGUAAACCAAAAAUGGUGGAGAGAUUUUUCUUGACAGGUAACACGAAAUUUGAGUUUGGGGAUGAGAGCGAAGCUAUCACCAUUCUCUCUGGGCCGCCUUGCUCCGGCAAAACCUCAUUGCUUUUCCAGUUCGCAUUCAACUCCGCAGCAGAGGGCAAUGCCGUAGUUAUCUUGUGCCACCGCCGCACCCUGGAAACCACCCCACCCUUCCUCUCUCAGGGUGUUGAUCCAUCUUCCGAGAUUUCCCGCAGAAUUCAAAUCAAGUAUGUGGAUGAUGAUGAAGGGAUCAAGCGCUACUUUGCUGCUUUUCAUUUGCAUCCUACAUUUCCGACCUCAAUUAUUGUCGACGAUUUCGGGCAUUUCUUCGUUGAGAGGAAUUGCCAAGAGAAAUACAACAACCCUAGAGGAAGAGAGCUGGCAAUGAUCCGAGUGCUAGCACUCUGUCGAAAUGCAAUCAGCCAUGCCAAUAAAAGCAGUCGUUGUGAGAUUGUGUUGUCGGACACUCACAAAGGCGACACCCCGAGGCUGCUCUACAUUUACAAGAGAUGGGCGUCUUGCAUUUACACUAUCAAAGAAGGGGUUGGAGCGGGGUCGUUUGUUGUGAGGAAAAGCUAUUCAACCACGCCGAAUGCAAAGCUAACAUCUUCUGCUAAGUACUCUAUAUCGCUCCAAUAUUUGGUUCUAGAGGGACUCGUUCAGGAGACUGAUCAUCACACUAGGACAAUUUCCUAAGUUGCAUCAUAAUACCUUGGAAUUUUAGUUUUAUAUGGCAUUAUGUUUACAAUUUUAGUGUCCCCAAAGAAGAAAAUAUAUGUAUCUGGGAUUCUCUGUAAUUACUUGAUUCUAAACUCUUGGUGAUGGGCUGGCUUACACUUUACACAAGGUGCCAUUUCAAAAUCAUGAGAAUGAUAUCUUCUUCUUAAUACUAAUAAUUGAUAGUAA